CUGAAAAUAAGGUAAGAAACCUUCAGAUUUCUUAUGGGAUAAACAGAAUUUAGGCUAGAAAUUAUGAGAGUUUAUAAAAAUUUAAUGCUUUGAUUACCUUAAACUAAGUUUUAUUGAUAUUUGAUUUUUGCACGUUUUUAUAAUUGUUGGUAUAGCUUCGAAAGCUGAUCAGGUAAGAUUAUGUCUAUGGUCUCAUUAAGCCUCUUAUAAUGACCCUCUUCGAGUCCUUAUCUAACCCUUGAUGCAUGUAUACACAAUGUUGAAUGAUCAAUGUGUCUUUAAAUCCACGUAUUUUCUGCAAGAAUUAUAAUUUGUAUCGAUUUUUUAUGAGCUAAUAAAGUUUAUUUCUACGAAGGUUUGUAUUCUCAUAGAUUUGUCAAGAAUCUUCAAAGUUUAUUCCUUAUCUCUCUGGCUUGUUCAUCCUUUCAGAAGGUAAGAGCCUCAUUCUUGCAAGUAAUCAAAAUGAGAAUUAAUAAAGCACGCAUUAAUUUCGAAUACUGCUCAAUUUCCUUUAAUAACAUUUUAGGCAGGCUUGUAUUAUUCGAUCGUAAAAACUUGGAAAUCAAGUAGAUUUUAUGAAAUAAGCCUAAAUAGAUUUUUAAAUUAGAGGAGUAAUAUGAAAAUUCUCUUCCUGAACAUAUUCAUUUAUAGGCUUGAUACUGCAGGAAUAUAUGAAAGAGCGUACAGAGAAUAUGGGGAAUAUGAGCAAUAAUGAGAAGGAAGAAAGUUUAGAUAUUGAUAAAUAAUUCAGAUAAAAUUUCUUCAAAAGAAAAUCUCCAAAAGCAGAAUUUGUCAUCUUGUAAAGUGAUGGAACAAUCAAAAGAGUCAAGUCACAAAAACAUUGCCCCAAUGCAAACCCCAGCAUCUUCUUCAGAAAAUUCAAUUUCUAUACCCUCCAAAUUUCCUGCUCAAUUCCAAUCAAACGCUUUCAUUAACUUUGAUGAUUCCUCUGAGACCACUUCAGAGAAUGACCCUGUCGGGAAUCUUCCAUCUAAGCCUGGCUUGACUGCGUUCAUAAAGGCAAAGAGCGUUGAACCAAAAUCCUCUAAAAACACAUUAUCUCUUUGAGAGGAAGGGGCUGAUAAAGUAAACAUACUGAUCGACAAGAAAAUAUCCAAUGAGAUUAGGCUGGUGACAGGAGAACCACCAAACCAAGGGCCUGAGAAAUCUAAUAUGAAGCCAAUGGUGAUUAACUCUAAAAGGAAGAUGUACCAUACCUCAAAAUCUAAUGUCUUUUCAAUGGUCAACAAAGAGAUUAACGAGAAGGAUCUUAGGGACUACAAGCAAAUAAUCCCUCAGCCUAGUACAACUAUUAAGAUCAACAAGAAGCAGGGUAAGAAGCCUGUCAAGAUCCAGUUGCGGAAGAACUCCUUGAGUAUUCCUAAAUUUGAACCUGGUGAUAUCUCCUCUGGCCUUAGUGACAUAAAGAAGUCUUAUAUCCCAGACUUCGGUUACAAGAAUCAACUUGAAUUCACCAGGCAGCAAGGAUGGGAGAUCGUCUUAGAUUUCAUCUCGAAGUAUCCUCGAAGAGAGAAGACAGCUAACACGAUAAGUGAUUUAUUACAGCAGAAAGAGAUGAUGAAAGAGCGCAGGAAAGAAGUCGUCAAAAAUAAAAGUUUCAUCAGAUUCAUCAAUCAGCCAGAAGACAGGAAGUCAAACUAUCCGAUAAUAGAAAGAAUGAUCGAUAUCAGAGAGGAUUUUGAGAACUUUUAUAGUGAAUUUGUUGAAUUUUCUCGAGAAUUUUUCAUACUAAAAGGAAGAAUCAAAGCCCAUCAUCAACAGAAAGUCAAAAGAAGAGUCAAGAAAUUGCUAGAAUGGAAUGAUAUGCACGCUUCAAAGAAAAAUUAACAUAGGAGACUCCACACAUAUUCUGAGUAUAAUUUCUGCAAAUGCACCUCCAAGAGACAGCUCAAGUGAGUCAAGUGUCAAUACCAAACGAAAGAAAAUCAUGCAGAUCGAGCACCAGAUGUCCAGAAAAUUUGAUGAAUAUUACUUCAAACAUAAGAAGGUUCCUAUUAAGUUUCCUACAAAGAGAAAUCUAACAAACCAAGCAUUAAGUAGCAAUAAGUCAAUUCUCAAGAUGGAAAGUGAGAUGUGGGAUGAUGAAAACUCUAAUAAGGAAUCAGAAUUUGGUUCUUCAAGUGGCCAAGAUAAUCCCAGAAAUUCUCCUGUUAAAAAGAUGAAAGAGACUAUAAAAAGUCCUCCAAAGAAGAAGAUUUUUAGUCAAAAAAUUACAAUUAAUCCUCUGAAGAUAUACAGAAGAGAUUUUAAGCAAGACACACUAGAACCUUUCUUAGCAGCCCAAAGCGCUUAUAUGAAAAACUUGGUCCAGAACUUUCAAAGGAUGAUUGCAUUGCUUAAAACUCAAAAUUGUCCCAAGAAAUCUACUGAGAACACUCAGAAAGAUCAAGAUAAAGUUGGCCAACACACUAAUGACAUCAAAAUUUCAGAACUAAUCAACUCAUUUUCGGUAUCAAGACUUGAGGGAAGCAUCCAGAGUUUCAUGAACCAAACUGUUCAAAAAUUAAACGAGAUUUUUGGAGAAAGACAAUCUGAGCUGAAAUAUUUUAAAGAAAAUCUCUCGAGGUUGCUAUCUUCUUACAAGACUAUCAACUCUCCGAAACAGGUCUUUAGUCAGAGGAGAAAAAGAAGAUGACGCAAAGUGGAAAUCAGCCGAAAUUUUGGAAAUCAAUAUCAGGCAAUCAAGAUGAAGCCGAGUCUUAUGUCUCAACGAAUCAGAAACUUUGUUAAACUUAAUUUCAGCAAAGAAGAGAAUCUGAGAAGAAAAAUUAAGAAGGUUAAGAGAAUUUAUUGAAAUGAUUAUCUCAGUAAAACCAGCGCUAGGAGGAAGAGAAAUAUAAUGUACAAAAAGGAUCUGAGAUCAAACUUAUUCACACCUCCAAGUACAAGGCAUCAGACGAUGACUCCCUUCACAGCUAUGUCUAAAGAGGAACAUGGGUCUAAAUAAAAUGGUCCAUCAAUAUAUUUCUGAAUACGAAGAAAUAUCACCUAAAAUGUCAACAAUCAAGAAAUCCUGAGCCAAGGACUUCCGAUUCCCAGCUUCAAGGAAUAUAAAAAAUAGGGGAUGCCAAAACUACUUCAGUCCUAAAAAUGAUGGUACCAAUCAAGAAUCAUUUCUGUUCAAGUCUAAAUAA